GGUCCCAGUGCCGGUUUCCGCUUUUCCUUUGCAGUGCGUCUCCAAGCUGCCGAGCUGCGGGUCAUCUGUGCGCUCUAAACAAGGAGAUUGGCUUUCUUCUAACGGGGUUUGGUCUUUGAAAAACACAUAAUUUCAUUGUCUCCUGGCUGCUACUUGGACCAGGAUGAAUGUGGGCGUGGCGCACAGCGAGGUGAACCCCAACACGCGGGUGAUGAACAGCCGGGGGAUCUGGCUGACGUAUGCCCUGGGCGUGGGGAUGCUACACGUCGUGCUGCUCAGUAUCCCCUUCUUCAGCGUGCCUGUGGUGUGGACGCUAACCAACAUUCUGCACAAUUUUGGGAUGUAUGUGUUCAUGCAUGCGGUGAAGGGCACUCCAUUUGAGACACCAGACCAAGGCAAGGCCAGGCUACUCACACACUGGGAGCAGCUGGACUACGGUGUGCAGUUCACCUCAUCCAGAAAGUUCUUCACCAUCUCCCCAAUUAUUCUAUACUUCCUGGCCAGUUUCUAUACAAAGUACGACACGACACACUUUGUCGUAAACACCGUCUCACUUUUAAGCGUUCUAAUUCCAAAGUUGCCACAACUACACGGAGUCAGAAUCUUUGGCAUAAACAAGUAUUAAAUGGAGUCGCAGAACGUAUUGUGUCUAUAAGAAACGUUUAGUUAACCUCCCCAUACGCCCCAGCACUGAUGCCUGGACUAAGCUGUUUUGUUUAGUUCUUGUCAAUGUCACUGCUGUAAAUAUAUUGGGUGAAAAGUGAUGUUAUAGGAGAGAAACCAACAUAGGAAAGAGUAGAUUGGUGGAAAACAGAAUAUCAUUUGCAUAACUAACUUGAAGUGAAUAUUUAAUAAUGUAUUGUUGUUGGCCUGGGCUGGCCCCAGUUUCAGAAGUGACAUUUAGAUGUCCCUGUUCCCUGUUCUAUUUUCUUUUCUUCUCUAUUUCACAAGAUGCUGACGCAACGACUAAGUUUGGGUCUGAAUUUGUAGCCCUGAAGAUGUCCUAAAUGUAUUUUUUAAGAUGUGUUCUUAAGCGUAGGAGCCUGUGGUUCUUUGUCUAUCAGUACGCUCAUCAUUAUGUGGUGGGUGUCCAAUCCAAUUCAUGACGAGUGGAGAAAAUUAUACUCUUUAUUUGCCUGGUUUUCUUUGUGAAUCAUUUAGCAUUUGUUGUUAAAUCAAAUAGGGCAGGCUAUUUCCAUUGUAACGUUCCUUUGCGACAUGUCUUGUAUGAAAAAGGAAAGAUAAAAUGUCAUGCUGCCAGACAUUACUAAUCCAGUGGAUGAACUUAUGUACAUAUGUCCAUGUAGCUAUUUUGUCUGCAGCAUAUGUUGCCAUGAUUGUGUCUGUCUCCCAUUCAUUACUAUUACUCUUGCAUUACUAACAUCAUUAAAAUGGUUUGGGCCCUCA